GAGGAAUCGCAUUCCAGCACUGACUAGGAUCAACUGUAGGAACGUAGUCCACGUACAAGACUUAACUUAGCAAACAAAACUUAAAUUGUAGACAACUAUAAAGCCGCGCGUUGUUGGUACUUUGGAAAUCGAUGCUUAUUUCAAACUAAAUGCAAAAGUUUGUAACAUCAAGGUCAGCUAAGGUGCAAGUGUGUUGCUAGCUAUCGCUAACAAACUCCCAUCCACUACUACUACGAGGGCGUUUACUGGAACAGUCGAAUCGGUGAUAUUUGUAUCGGAGCAAAACAUGACUGAAUCGUGUGGACAGACACGCUCAGGCUAUGAGCGGUUGACAGCCGAGGAAAUGGACGAACAGCGUAUUCAAAACGUGGCCUAUCAGUAUUUGUGUCGUCUGGAAGAGGCUAAAAGGUGGAUGGAAGCAUGUCUGAGUGAGGAGCUUCCUGCUCCCACUGAGCUUGAGGAGGGCCUGAGAAAUGGAGUGCUACUGGCAAAGCUGGGAAACUGCUUUGCCCCCAAAAAAGUUCCCCUGAAGAAGAUCUAUGACCUGGACCAGGAGCGAUACAAGGCUACUGGACUGCAGUUCCGUCAUACAGACAACAUUAAUUUUUGGCGCAAUGCAAUGGUGGAAGUUGGAUUGCCAUCGAUUUUCCACCCUGAGACUACAGAUAUCUACGAUAAGAAGAACAUGCCCAGGGUUGUGUACUGUAUUCAUGCCCUCAGCUAUUACCUGUUCCGUUUGGGUCUGGCCCCUCAAAUCCAUGACCUGUAUGGAAAGGUGAAGUUUACAGAGGAGGAGAUCAACAACAUGAAGCUGGAGCUGGACAAGUAUGGCAUUCAGAUGCCGGCGUUCAGCAAGAUCGGAGGAAUUCUGGCCAACGAGUUAUCUGUGGAUGAGGCUGCAGUGCACGCUGCUGUGAUUGCGAUUAACGAGGCGGUGGAGGCGGGCUGUGUGGAGGACACGGCGGUGGCCCUGCGGAACCCCAACGCCAUGCUGAGCAGCGUCCAGGAGCACCUCAUGGCCAUCUACCAGGAGAUGCUGCGGCAGGCGCGCUCAGAGAAGGCGGCCCAGGCCUACAGGAAGAUCAAUGGCUCUCAUGAAAAGGACAUUUAUGAAGAGUACCUCACUCAAGGCGAAAUCCAGGACAACAUUAGCAGGGUCAACGUGCGUGCAGCGGUGGAGCAGGUGGAUGAGGCGCUGGAGACGGGGGAUGCCCUGGUGCUGUUGUCCGCUCUACAGGCCCCCUCGCUGGGCCUCCGCGGGCUGCUCAGGGACCACAGCCCCUGGUACCUCGACACGCUUGCCGGUGAUCGCGAACAGAAGGCUCUGGACAUGGGCUCCGUGGAGCCACUGGACCGCGACGAACUGCAGGAGGGGAUCACCGUGGCCAACGAGGAGGCCCAACGCGCCAAGACCAUGCAACAGUCUAUCAUGAGGAUCAACGAGGCGCUGUGUCGUGGGGAUGCGCGCCAGACGGUGCGUGCCCUGAUGGACCCCGAUGCCCACCUGCCGGACGUCUACCCCUUCGCUGCAGACCUCUACCAACGAGAGCUGGCCCCACUGCAGCAGCAAUGCCCGGAUUGUGAGUUGGGUCAGGAGGAGUUGUAUGUUGCAGUGGAGAUGUUGUCUGCGGUGGCCCUCAUCAACCAGGCCGUGGAGGCGCGAGACACCGGAGCCUUCUGUGCCACCCUCGUCAGUGCUGCCGCUGGCCUGGCAGACAUAGAUGACAGUCUCAUCCAAAGGUAUUUCGAGGUGCUGUGUGACCUGAAGAAGCAGUCGGCCCGGACUCUGCUGACGUGGAAUGAUCUGCAGGGAGGGCUCAACGCCGUCAACACCUCGGCCCAGGAGGAGCACGACCAGAUCAUGGCCAUCGGGAUCAUCAACCAAGCCCUGAGCCACAACGACCCCCAGAAGACCUUAGCUGCACUACUGCUGCCCUCUAGUGGCCUUGAGGAGGUACAGCCAAUUAACGGCAGGCGCUACCACGACGUCCUGACCAAAGCCAGGAAGUGCAAGGCAGAGCUGAGCAGAGACCCUGGCGCUGAGCUGUGGUUGGCUGACAUCCAAGAUGGAGUGAGGUUGGCCAAUCAGGACACUACCAGAGCCAAGAAGAUGUGCCUAGGCCUGGCGGCGGUGAACCAGGCGAUAAAGGAUGGCAAGGCGUCCCAGCUGGUGCGGGUGCUGCGGCUGCCGGAGGUGGGCAUGAGGGGCGUGGUGGAGGAGUGUGGCGCCACAUACCAGGCCGAGCUCACCGCCCUGCUCCGCGCCAAGCACGCCGGAGGUGAUAACCGGAGCCCCUGGAUGCGCACCAAGAGUCAGGACGGCAGCUCCUAUUACUUCCACCUGCAGCGUCUGGAGGGCAGCUGGGAGCGGCCACACGCCUUCGUCCCCAACAGCCUGUUCCUGGCCUACGACGAGAUCCAGGCCGUUCUGAACAGUGUGACUGCGGCCCACAGCAGGGAUGUGCAGUGGAAGGCCAACACUCACCUGGUGGUGGCGCUGCAGGCGCGUGUCCGAGGCUUCCUGGUCAGGCAGAGGCUGGCGGAGCGCCUGCACUUCCUCAACACUCAGCUGCCCGCCAUCGUCACCAUACAGUCUCACUGGAAGAGGUUUCUGCAGCAACGGGCCUACAAGGAGAGGCUGCACUAUCUCUACCGCAACUGGAGGGCCAUCGUCAAGAUCCAAGCGACCGUUAAAAUGUGGCUCGCUCGUAGGAAGUACCUAGCCCGGCUGAGGUUCUUCAGGAGAAAUGUUGCUGCUGUCAUAAAGAUCCAGGCCUUCUUCAGGGCCAACAAGGCUAGAGAGGAAUACCGCAUGCUGGUGCACUCUGAGGCGCCUCCCCUGUCUGUGGUGCGCAAGUUUGCUCAUCUGCUGGAGCUGGGCGAUAAUGACAUCCGCCAGGAGGGGGAGCUGUUGCGCAUGCGUGAGGAGGUGGUGAGGACCAUCCGCUCCAACCAGCAGCUGGAGGCAGACCUGGACACCAUGGACCUGAAGAUCGGCCUGCUGGUCCGCAACCGGGUCACACUGCAGGAGGUGGUGUCUCACUGUAAGAAGCUGACCAAGAAGAAUAAGGAGCAGCUGGCGGACAUGAUGGACCUGAACAAGACCAAGGGCCUGAAGUCACUCAGCAAGGACAACCGCGAGAAGCUGGAGGCCUACCAGCACCUCUUCUACCUGCUGCAGACGCAGCCCAUGUACCUGGCCAAGCUGAUCUUCCUGAUGCCUCAGAACAGGUCCACCAGCUUCAUGGACACGGUCAUCUUCUCACUCUUCAACUACGGCUCCGACUGCAGAGAGGCCUACCUGCUGCUACAGCUCUUUACUACUGCACUACGCCACGAGAUCAAGGUGAAGGUGGACCAGCCUCAGCAGGUGGUGACGGGCAACCCCACGGUGGUCAAGAUGCUGCUGAGUUUCUACCGGAACGCGCGGGGCCAGAACGCCCUGCAGGAGAUCCUGGGGCCGGCCAUCCGCGAGGUGCUGCAGGACCGCACCCUCAGCAUCCGCACCGACCCCGUGGAGAUAUACAAGACCUGGAUCAACCAGAGCGAGUCGCAGACCGGACACAAAAGUCCGUUGCCGUAUGAGGUGAGUGCGGAGCAGGCCCUUGGCCACCCGGAGGUGCAGCAGCGUCUAGACAUCGCCAUCUCCAACCUCAAGAGCCUGACCGACCGCCUGCUGCACGCCAUCACCAGCAACCUGCACAAGCUGCCGUAUGGCCUGCGCUACACUGCCAAGGUCCUGCGGGAUGCGCUACAGGAGAAGUUUCCUCAGGCCAGUGAGGACGACCUCUACAAGAUCGUGGGUAACCUGGUGUACUACCGCUACAUGAACCCGGCCGUGGUGGCGCCGGACGGCUUUGACGUGGUGGAGUUCUCAGCAGGCUCCGCCCUCCUGCCGGAUCAGCGCCGCACGCUCGGCUCCAUCGCCCGCGUCCUGCAACAGGCCGCCGCCCUCAAGCAUUUCCAUGGCGACAGCGCUCACCUGCGCGCCCUUAACGACUACAUCACGCACACACACGCCAAGUUCAGGAAGUUCCUGAAGGCUGCGUGUGACGUCCCAGAGCCCGGUGACCGCUUCAACAUCGACGAGUACUCAGAGAUGGUGAUCCUGAACAAGCCUCUGGUCUACAUCUCCAUCACAGAGCUCAUCAACACUCACAAGCUCCUCCUAGAGCAUAAGGACUCUUUGUGUCAGGACUCGUCUGAUCCCCUGUUGGAGCUGCUGAGGGACGUGGGGAGGGUUCCCUCCAUUCAGGACAUCAUCGGAGAGGGGGUGGUGAACGCUGCAGACCCCAAUGCAGAGCUGACUCUGGCCCAGUACGGCAAGCUGGAGGUCUCACUCACGCUCACCAGCAAAUUCGACGUCUUCAGGAGCACCGACGACCGCCCUGAUGCCAAAGGCAUCCUCCUCAGCACCAAGCAGCUGAUCAUCGAUGUGAUCCGCACGCAGCCUGGAGACACGCUGAGCGAGGUGCUGAGGGCCUCCAUCUCCAAAGACCAGGAGGCGCAGCAUGGCUGGAUGAUGCAUCGUCGGGCCCAGAGGGACGCCCUCACCCCCGAGAAGAUGAAGCGCAACAAGUCCCUGGUCGCCGACGGCAACCUGUCGCUGGAGGAGAAGAAGAGGAAGAUCCACCGCAGCCUGAGGCGCCUGGAGGUCCUCGGGGUUCUCACGCCACCCAACUCAGAGAACCAGAUACUGCAGCUCAUCGCAAAGGAUAUCCGGCACCAGCGUCUGUACCGUCAGCGUCGUCAGGCGGAGCUGGUGAAGCUGAAGGCGGCGCUGCACAGCCUGCACUGCAAGAGCUCCUUCCAGAGCGAGCAGGUCGACUACUACAGCCAGUACAUCACCACCUGCCUGCACAACCUCACCGCCAAGAACGGCAAGGUGAAUGGGAAGAAGGCAGCGGAUGGCAAGGGGAAGAAGAGCAAGCAGGCGACCCUCACCUACACUGCAGCACGCCUACAUGAGAAGGGAGUACUGCUGGAGAUCGAGGACCUGCCCAUCACCCAGUUUAAGAACGUGAUCUUCGACAUCGUGCCCAGUGAGGAGGGGGGCACCUUCCUGGUGAAGGCUCGCUUCAUGGGGGUGGACAUGGAACGCUUCCCCCUCAAAUACCAGGACCUGCUCCAGCUGCAGUAUGAGGGCGUGGCGGUGAUGAAGAUGUUUGACAAGGCCAAGGUCAACGUGAACCUGCUCAUCUUCCUCCUCAACAAGAAGUUCUUCAAGAAGUGAAGUGAGCAGCCAAAGAUCAGGGGUGCAUUUCUCAAAAGUGUAGUUGUUAGCCAGUUUGCAAUUUGGGUAGUUGCCAAUGGGUAAUUGCAAACAACAAAGUAGCUAAUGAAUUUAGCAACUAUGGUUUCGAGAAAUGCACGCCAGAGUUGUAUAAAGUAGAAGUAAAAGUGCUUUUACAGAUAUAAUUACAACACUUGUAGUAUGAUAUUACAAAGUUGAAACUGUGUAAUAUCAUUCCACUACACUACAGGUAGUGUUGCAAUUACAUUCAUUAAGAGUAUUUCUACUUUUACUUUACACAACUCUGUUAAAGAUGCCCCUUUAGAACAGGGGCCAUGAAGCCAAGACUGCAGAAGCACUACCAGCACCAUAUCACUACUCCUCUCCUCACCAGCGUUAUCUAUUUAGAACCUAUUUCCACUGUAAGUUAUAUGCCUCUGUAAUGGAUAUAUUUAACACUCCUUUAGCUAAUCAGCAUUGUAUUCAGAUUAUUUUGAGAUCUGUGUGAGUGUUGUUGCAGCUUCAGGCUGCUUCUCACAGUAGUAGGCCCAAUAGAACAGGUAGAAGUGAUGGGUGAACACUACAUAUUUUCAAUCACACAGCUUUUGCGCACCCAUUUUAAUUGUAAACAACAGGGAUAUUUAAACCUCUUUUAGUUGUAUUGCUUUUAUUAUACAUGUUUCAUAACUUGAUUUAUAACACUUUAAAAGGGAAACCAAUGGUUGUUUUUUUUAUACGACCCAGCUUCUUUUUCAUCUCUGUAUGGAUAACAUUGUCGUUAGUUAUUCUGUUCGAUUUUGUUUUUAUUUGGGUGAGCGCCGUCACAAUGAUAACUCUUGCUUCGGUGUUCCCGAAGUGAUUGCGUUGUCGUGGCAAUUUCCUCCUGCCUCCAUUUUAAACCUCUGACCAGCACCUCGUGCAUUAUUUAUGGCACAUGCACACUUAAAUAGAACACUCCAGACGCAGCUCGGGGCUUGAGGCUCGUAUUAUGCUCACAAUUAGAGCUACCGUGUCACCAGUCAGCCAGCUACCGUGCCGUUUGUGACUAGCCAUAAGGAAACGGGCAGCAAGUUGGCAUCGAGGGCAUAUUGAGUUAAUCAUAGAUUUGGGAUAGUGCAGAUUGUGAGUUUUACAACUGUACCUUACACAUGGGAGUCUGGUGAUUAUCUGAUAUCUGAAUGUGUUCACUUCUUAAAAUAGAAAACAGAAAUCAGCUCUGAAAGUUUUUGCUUUUAGAUAAACCCACACUGUUUUAUGGAGCAUUGAGCAGCUUCUUCAAGAGCUCAACUUGCAAAUUCUGCAACAACAACAAAAAAAGAGAGAAGAAAAUCACACACAAAAAAAAGAUUUUCUCAGUUUUGUUGUCAGAGACAUGUGACUGUGUUUGACAUCCGGUCACAUUGAUGACAUGUACUGUAUUGUACUGUACCUCUGGCUGAGGUGACGUGAGAGCCUUGCUGGCCACUGUGGCGUCCUCACCUCAGCCCUCCUGCAGACACCCCUCCACCCCCUCCAAAAUGGCUUUCACUGCGCAGGCUGAUGGGGCAACCUGUCCUUUUUCCAUUUAAACACACAUUUGUCAUAGACCGAUCUUUUUUUUUGUACGGAAUAAUGGUGAAAAAGAAAUGGCCUCCUAAGCGCAGCAUUCAAAUGUGUCUGUCUGUCUGGUUGAGUUAUGCUCUCUUUUGUGUGAGGGUGCCCAGUCUUUUCAUGCCAUCUUCUUCCUGUCAUGAAGGCUAGUCUCUCCUCUCCUAACCGAGCGAGGCCAAGCCUUUCACUGCUGCUGGUGGCACACAGCACUUCUGCUUAAUCACCCACUCCAACUCCAGCGUCUAUUGUUUUUAGGUGUUGCUAAGGCCGAUAAGCUGUUAAGUUUCUCCUCUUUCUUUUCUUUUCUUUUCUUUGUGUGAUGCACAUUAUUUUCAACAGGGAAAGUUUUGAUACGCCAGUCAGUGGGUUUUGGAACAGGAAUUUGAACUUCUGUUGGCCCAUCUAUUGAUGUUUUGUAAAUAUUUCCUAUCCCCUCUGCUUUCAUUGUAUGUCCUUUUUUAUCUAUCUCUGUGACUUUGCAUUUAGUUGAUGUCUUUGUAGUGCAAUAUACAACCUUUUGAAACACCAUUUUGUACUCCAAGAAAUGUAACGUUCACAUAUGCUUUUAUAUUUUUAGCUUUAAAAAUAUGCUUUUUAUGAUAUAGGAGAAGAGUUCGUCGACUUUGAAAACACUUAAUAAAUGUAUAUUCAUAUCAA